CUGCUGAUCGAAUUAAUGAUCGCUCUCCCUCCCAACCUCUCCAUCUGGUUUUGAUCAUCUCUUCUUCCCUAUUCAUGUCUGUCCUCCUCUUCCUUGUUGUGCAUAUCCAUCUAUAGUUUCCUUCGGAUAUCCAUGGGUUGCGGCAUUUCCAAGUUGGGGGCUAACGCUCAUCAACAUCAUCAGCAUGACCACCUAACUACUUCUUCUGCUUGUGAAUCUAAUAAUUAUAAUAUUGGCAAGGAUCCAGAACGGGGCAUGCAUGACUAUGGCGAGGAGGAUGACAUGAUGAUGAAGGAGAAAGAGAGAUCAGGGCGGGUGGAGAAGGUGGUCAAAGAGGAGGGUAGAAUAAAGGAGGGGCACCCACAUGCACAUGCACAUGCACAUGCAGGCCUAGGGUUAGGGAAGGGAGGCCGCCAAUAUUCUGAUGAUGAUGGCUAUGAUGAACAAAUGCUCUCUAGCAGUGACAGGGAGGAUAGCUUCAUUCAUUGUCCACGAUCCCCCAGUUUUAGGGAUUAUUUCAUUGACUCUGAUCAAGACUCAUCAAGGCAUCAUACCCCUAACAAAUUCUUCUUUAGCGGUGAUGCUAAUGAUCAUGAGAUCAACAAAUCAGAGACAUGGGCGGAAUCUCAGAAUACCAACAAGCAACAGAGAAUAUCAGAAGCUGAUGAAUUAGUGAAAAAAGAGAGCAAAGGAUCGAGAUCAUCAGGAAUUAGGGGUGUGUUAGGCAAGCAAUCAAGACUAAGAUCCUACUUAAGCGUCUCCAAUUGGCACCACCACAACAGUCCAAUCUCAUCACCCUCUCAACAAAAUCCCUCAAAACUGGUUGCUGCUGAAAAUUAAUUAAUUACAGCAGCCUCAUGAGAGUAGAUCAUAUCGAUUAUAUAUAGGAUCUAUUGACACAAAACACAAAGAGGCUUUCUUUCCUUCAUUUGUUCAAUUUCCUCAUUUUUUCAAUCUCCCUUCCCUUUCCGUACAUCAUACAUGUAUAUGUAACAUGCAACAUAUAAUAUGUAAUAUGUACGUUUAACGUAUCUUUUCUCCCAUUUUUACCUCAAUUGAUCAUUAACAUGCCUUA